UAUAAGCUAGGUUUGCUGUUCCCAAACAUCAUCAGUUAUUCAACGAAUCUUCUCAAGCCAACAAGCAGCAUUCGCUAAAAGCAAACAAUUACCAAAAUGUUCAAAUUCAUCGCCGUCGUCGCUCUCCUGGUUGCCACUGCCAACGCUGGUCUGAUCGAGACCCACCAUGUGGUGCAUGAGCCUGUCCUGGCCAAGGUUGGAUCAGUGGUGCACUCUGCUCCCUCUGCAGUUUCCCACCAGAGCAUCACCCAGGUGCACAGCAAGGCUGUGGUGCAGCCCGUGAUUGCUCCCAUUGUGAAGACCACCACCUACACCCAACCCGCCGUGGCUGUCCAUGCUGCUCCAGUUGUCCACUCCGUGCCUGUCGUCCACUCUGCUCCUGUGGUCCACUCCGUGCCUCUGGUCCACUCUGCUCCCCUCGUCAAGUCGGUGGUGCACUCCGCUCCCCUGGCCUACACCCUGCAUCACUAAAAUCCCAAAAUUUGUUUUUUUGUUAACCAAUUAUAUGAAAACUAAAUAAAAUUCUCAAAAGUAUUAUUGAUCCUUAAA